AUCGUGACCGGGACAGGGACCGCGAUGACCGUUCCAAAGAUCGCGACAGGGACCGUGACAGAGAUAGAGAUCGUGACAGAGAAAGGGACAAGGAGAAAGAUCUGCGGCCUACAUCCAACUCUACAUAUUAUGCAGCUGCUGGGUUGCCAGCUAUAAAACCAGCCAUGAUUCCACACAGUAUUAACCCUUUCACCAAUCUGCCACACACGCCACGCUAUUACGACAUCCUGAAAAAAAGGCUGCAGCUUCCUGUCUGGGAAUAUAAAGAAAGAUUUACAGAUAUUUUGAUUAGGCAUCAGUCAUUUGUGCUGGUGGGAGAGACUGGGUCUGGUAAAACAACACAGAUCCCUCAGUGGUGUGUGGACUACAUGCGCUCACUGCCAGGCCCCAAGAGGGGAGUGGCGUGUACCCAGCCCCGGCGAGUGGCUGCCAUGAGCGUGGCACAGCGUGUGGCUGAUGAGAUGGAUGUCAUGCUGGGCCAGGAGGUUGGCUACUCCAUUCGAUUUGAAGACUGCAGCAGUGCAAAAACCAUUUUGAAGUACAUGACUGAUGGGAUGUUGCUGCGUGAGGCCAUGAAUGACCCUUUGCUGGAGCGUUACGGUGUGAUCAUCCUUGACGAGGCCCAUGAGAGAACACUGGCUACAGACAUCUUGAUGGGAGUUCUGAAGGAAGUUGUAAGGCAAAGAUCUGAUUUGAAGGUCAUAGUUAUGAGUGCUACUUUAGAUGCUGGCAAGUUUCAGAUCUAUUUUGACAACUGUCCUCUGCUAACUAUCCCGGGUCGCACCCACCCUGUGGAGAUAUUCUACACUCCAGAGCCAGAAAGGGACUACCUUGAGGCUGCCAUUCGAACAGUGAUCCAAAUUCACAUGUGUGAAGAAGAGGAGGGAGAUCUCUUACUCUUUCUUACUGGACAGGAGGAGAUUGAUGAAGCCUGCAAGAGGAUAAAACGUGAAAUUGAUGAUUUAGGCCCAGAAGUUGGUGACAUCAAAAUCAUUCCAUUGUAUUCCACCCUUCCUCCUCAGCAACAGCAAAGGAUAUUUGAGCCUCCCCCACCGAAAAAACAAAAUGGAGCAAUUGGAAGAAAGGUUGUUGUGUCCACUAACAUAGCUGAGACAUCAUUAACAAUAGAUGGUGUUGUGUUUGUGAUUGAUCCUGGCUUUGCAAAACAGAAGGUGUAUAACCCUCGGAUCAGAGUGGAGUCUCUGCUGGUGACUGCCAUCAGUAAAGCCUCUGCUCAGCAGCGAGCUGGCCGUGCUGGGAGGACCAGACCAGGAAAGUGUUUCAGGCUUUAUACAGAGAAGGCCUACAAAACUGAAAUGCAGGACAACACAUACCCUGAAAUUUUGAGGUCUAACUUAGGAUCUGUAGUAUUACAGCUCAAGAAGCUUGGUAUAGAUGAUUUGGUGCACUUUGAUUUUAUGGAUCCUCCAGCUCCUGAAACUCUGAUGAGAGCCUUAGAGCUUUUGAAUUAUUUGGCUGCUUUAAACGAUGAUGGAGACUUGACUGAGUUGGGAUCCAUGAUGGCUGAAUUUCCAUUGGACCCACAGCUGGCUAAAAUGGUUAUUGCAAGUUGUGACUACAACUGUUCUAAUGAGGUCCUAUCUAUUACUGCCAUGUUGUCAGAUGUGGUUAGGUGUUGAUGUACCAAAUCAAGGUAGUAAACAGUCCAAGAUGCAGUUGGAGGCCAUCCUGCCCUGCCCUAUGCUCUGUGAACUGACCUAGCUAGGCCUUGUUCCUCUAUCUGUGAAUGCGUGACUCAUCGAUAUGGGCGUUUGUGUUGGGCCCAUACCAACCUUGUUUAGUCCCACAGUGUUUUGUUCGCCCCACGGAAGCAAAGAAAGCAGCAGAUGAAGCCAAGAUGAGGUUUGCCCACAUAGAUGGAGAUCAUUUGACGUUGCUGAAUGUCUACCAUGCUUUCAAGCAAAAUCAUGAGUCGGUUCAGUGGUGUUAUGACAACUUCAUUAACUACAGGUCCCUGAUGUCUGCAGACAAUGUACGCCAGCAGCUGUCACGAAUCAUGGAUAGGUUUAAUUUGCCUCGUCGAAGCACAGACUUCACCAGCCGAGACUAUUACAUCAACAUAAGAAAGGCAUUAGUUACUGGGUAUUUCAUGCAGGUGGCACAUUUGGAGCGAACAGGGCAUUACUUAACAGUGAAAGAUAACCAGGUGGUGCAGUUGCAUCCCUCCACUGUUCUUGAUCACAAACCAGAGUGGGUGCUCUAUAAUGAGUUUGUCCUUACAACAAAGAAUUACAUCCGGACAUGUACAGACAUCAAGCCAGAAUGG